CUACGACGAGGAAUGAACGUGCUAGAGUUCCGCCCUUCCGUGCUUCUGCCUUUCCACUCAAUCAUCAGACAUUCUAGUGACACGAAAGGUCAGCUUUCGACUAUCAUUUUGAUUUCCGCUGCGGCGGGCGUCAUAGCCUGGACACCAAGACCAUAGCACACAUUUGAACAGCUCCUUUACCUCUUCGCUGAUUUGAUUAGAGGGCCUGGGCUUAGCCUGAUCUCAUUUGCAAACUAACUUUCCACAGCACCAGAACCUUGUUCUUUUGCGUGCUGUUGCUGCACUUCCAGUGCCCCGAGAAUGUCGCUUGUCUCAGGACCGGGAAAGGCCGCGGGUUGCCCAUCCAACCAGGAGCUCUGCACUCAAAAACACGUGGAGUACAUCAAAAACCUGGAUAGCAGGAGGGAUGAGUUGGAAUACUGGCUCACGGAGCACCUUCGUCUGAACGGAGUUUACUGGGGCUUAACGGCUCUGCACCUCCUGGGUUAUCCAGAUGCUCUGCCCCGCCAAGAGACCAUUGACUUCGUCCUCUCAUGCCAGCGAGACAAUGGUGGAUUUGGAGCCGCUCCGGGCCAUGAUGCCCACAUGCUGUACACGGUGUCAGCCGUGCAACUUCUCGUCACAUUAGAUGCCGUGGACGAAUUGGAUAAGCGUGGUCUAGGGGGUAGAGAGAAAAUUGGCUCUUUCAUCGCAGGAUUACAGGACAAGGAAUCUGGUGCAUUCCAGGGAGACGAGUGGGGCGAAAAAGACACUCGGUUCUUGUAUGGUGCGUUCAAUGCCUUGUCACUUCUGGGACUCCUUGACAUGGUCGACGUUUCCAAGGCAGUGGAGUACAUCAAGGCUUGUGAGAACCUGGACGGUGGCUAUGGCAUCCGACCAGGAACCGAAACACAUGCUGGUCAAGUUUUCACUUGUGUUGGCGCUCUGGCAAUCGCUGGGCGACUUGACCUGGUGAACAAGGACCGCUUGGGCGGCUGGCUUAGCGAGAGACAGGUGGAAAAUGGGGGACUCAAUGGACGUCCUGAGAAGCUUCCGGAUGCUUGCUACAGCUGGUGGGUUGGUGCUAGUUUGGCGAUGAUAGACAGGCUGCACUGGAUCGAUAGCAGAAAGCUUACUGCUUUCAUCCUGCAGUGUCAGGACUCGGACGCGGGAGGUAUCGGCGAUAGGCCUGGUAGUAUGGUCGAUGUCUUUCAUACUUGCUUUGGUGUCGCCGGUUUGAGCCUUCUCAAAUUCGAUGGUCUGCAAGAAGUAGAUCCAGUCUAUUGUAUGCCGAAGAAUAUAACGAUGAGAUGCCUUGCUCCGUAAUUUGAUCUUCCUGUAUGUGGUACUCUGGCUUCAUUCAUCAGCCACUUUCGUAGUCUCACCUCCUGCAAUCUAAUAACCCAUGCUACCUUCUCCUCAGUGGAUCAUGGGAUACAAGGCAGGAGAAGAAUGACUGGCACUGCGACUUAUUUCCGCUUCACCCCUCUACAAUGGCCUGUCAAGCGGCCGUUAAGACGCAAUGGCACAUCAUUUUCAGAAUUGAUUUGCCGAGAUCUAGCUCAAUAGUCAAUAAAUC